AUGAAACCGCCGCAAUUUGAUGCUACAACGGCUUGGAAUGUCUACCGGCGUCAGUUUGAGGCAGCCGCAAAUGCAAAUGGUUGGUCAUCGACCGAAAAAGCAACUGCACUCACUUUGGCCCUACGAGAUGCUGCAGCUAUUCUUCAAAGAACAUCAACCGAAGAGCAAGAGGUCUACGAACAACUAGUAGGACAUUUGGAGAUGUGA